GUGGGCGAGAUCCUGCAAUCGUGCGCCGCUGUGAGCAAAGACUUGGUGUUGCAGGCUCGCCUGGGUCUGACGAACCGGAAGAUGUGGCAGGUGAUGUCGGAGCCAAAGUACGUCAGGGGUCAGAUCGAGCAGCUGGCACGCGUCUAUCCAUGGAUCAAGUUUGCCAGCGAUCGCGGACUCCUUGAGCGUCUGAACUUGGCGUCCAUCCACAAGUGGGGUGCUAUGCAGAUGCACUUCAAGCAGCUGAACUAUGAGGCAGAUGACAGCAGUGAGAGUUCGUGUUGA